UUUACCGCAACCGGCCAACAGCACAACACAACCCUCUCCUCUCAGGGCAAGAUGGUUCGAUGAGAGAGGCCAGUUUGGAAUGGGCGGUGCUGAUUAGCUCAGAAAUCCAACUGGAUGUCGCUGAAUCGCUCUCUGUGCCUGACGGACUGGCAGGCUUGGCUUGAACUCUCUCAGGACUGAUAUAAAACCCGCCGUUGCUAAGGUCGCACUUGCCCUCCAAUCCGCCAUUACUCUGCGCCGUACACAGUCAAGGACCUCCUUGCUUCGUUCUCGUCAAUAACCAUCGCGAAAGCCAAACAUAAAGACCACCACCCUCGCACAACGAUCCGCUUCACGACCUCCGAUUGACUCCGCCUCCCUCCCAUCUUUAUCUGAAAAUCUUCCCGACCAUGUGGUUCAAGACUCUUUCCUUGGCCUCGCUUGGCCUUCUUUGGCUCCAAGCAUCCGCGGCAGACACCAAUGCGCCCAUUGUAUGGGACAACGACGACUCCGUCUGGCAGGUCCAGCUCCUGAAGAAGGACAAUACCACCGUCCAGGGCCAUCUCAAGGCGUCUCCGGGACCCGAUAAUGUCGGCAUAACUAUCCAUGCUAAAUUCUGGGGAAUUCCCACGGACCAACAGCCCCUAUUAUACCAUAUCCACAAGAAGCCGGUGCCCGAGGACGGCAACUGCUACAGCACCAGCAGCCACCUGGACCCAUAUGGCCGCACCGAUACACCUCCCUGCGACAUCAAGGCGCCUCAGACCUGCGAGGUCGGCGACCUCGGUGGAAAGCAUGGCCCCAUCUGGGCGGCCCCUGGCGAGUCCGUCGCGGUCGCGUAUACCGACUGGUUCCUGUCCAACGUUGAGGAUACUCCCGCAUUCUUCGGCAACUUGUCCGUGGUGGUGCAUGCGGCCGAUAACACCCGGUUGACAUGUGGAAACUUCGAAAAGGCCGACUGAUAAAGCAGGCGAUAGUGGCAGUGUUUGGGAUGUAGCAGGUGUACUAUAGAGUACGUUUGUCGGUUGUGGCGGAGUGAUGGUGGUG